CUCCUCCUCCUCUUCAUCCUCUGGGAGUUGAAGAAAAUCAGAAAUUUUCUCCCAUUUCUUCUCACCCCUCUGGAUCAUUCAAUUUUCAUUUUUAUAAUUUUUUUUUGUUCCUCUGCUGCGAAAAUUUCGCUACUUUGAAUUCGAUUGAUUGAGCCAAUUUUUGCAUCCGAAGGAACUUUUUUGUUUCCCAGUUGUUGUUCGUUUGGAAUUGGAAUUUUUGGAGAUAUAUUGGAUUCGUGAUUUCGUGCAGUUUUUUUUUUUUUUUGGAGAAAUAAGGGUUUGUUUUUUGGUUUGGUUUAAAUUUCGUGGAAAAAAAUGGCGAAUUGACGCCCAAAAGUGAGAGAGAGAGAAACGAAGAGAAGAUUUUGGUGGUGCUGGUUUUGCAAUGGACUGUAGGGUGUGCGCUUCGUCCGGGGACGCGUGGUUGAGACUGGGCGGUCACGGGGGUGGCGAUGUCGGAGGUCCGGGACCGGUGGGGGAUGCGUUCAGCCACGAAAGCGAUAGUGAUUUGGCGGCGAUGGUGAGGGAUUUUCUGGAGAAUGGAAGCAUCGGUACAGAUUCGAGGAGUAGCAGCGAUAGCGAUUCCAGUUUCUCCGAUCUUCCUCACCUCGCCGACAAAUUAUCCUAUAUCAAGUUGGCCGUGGAUCAAUACGAGAGUGACCUGCUCUCGCUGGUGAGUUCACUUUUGAUAUCCAUAAAUGACACCGACCUCCACGCUGUCAAAUCGGGCCCUUGCAAGGCUAGCUGCAUCAAAUAUUCUCUUGUGAAGCUCUUGAGGCUUUUGGGUUAUGAUGCUGGUGUUUGUUCUUCGAAGUGGCAGGGCAAUGGCAAGGUUCCUGCAGGGGAUUAUGAAUACGUGGACGUGAUUAAAUAUGAUGAUGCUGGUGGCUCUGAACGUGUGAUAAUUGAUAUCAACUUUCACAGCCACUUUGAAAUCGCUAGAGCGGUUCAAUCCUAUGACAGAAUACUGAACUCUCUCCCCGUUGUGUACGUGGGCUAUAUAACGAGACUGAAACAGUUCCUCGAAGUCAUGGUGGAAGCUGCUAAAUCAUCCCUGAAGCAGAACUCAAUGCCUCUCCCUCCCUGGAGAUCGUACGCUUACCUUCAAGCAAAGUGGGGGUCUCCCUAUAAACGAAAAUUCUAUCCCGACCACCCAAACAUCAGCCAGACAGCCGGCAUCCAUCACCAUGUGCAAUGCCUUUUGCACUUGAAGCAGCUGAAAUCUGCACUUCAGUCCGAGAUCGAUUUAAAGCGAGUGUUCAGGCCGAUCAACAGUGACAACCGGAUGAUGAAUCUCGAGAGGUCGAGGCAUCCCUUCCGGGCUCUCUGAGACGCAGCAUCCAUGGAAGAAGUAUCAGUAUUACUGGUUGGGAACCUUGCUGCUGCUAUCAGAACACGACAACAACAAUUUUGGUUUAUGAUGUGGGAUUCUUUUUUUGUAGUCCCAUAUCACGUUGAGUUUUCAUACCACAAUUUUUGCUAUAGUUUUCCACUUUUACUAUUUUUUUUGGGGGGGUUUUUUUUUUUUUUUUUUUUUCCUGUGUGAGAGUUCUUAUACAGAGCAGUAUAAAAAAAAAGUUGUACGAAGUAAUACCAUUCCAAACGAUGUUGUUCUUUCAAUAAAUGAAACAUAAUAAUAUAAAAUUGUACCAAGUAAAAUUCAUUCUUUAUUUUUAAUGAUAUUUUACUGUUGUGUGUA